GGUAAGUUUUGUGCUCCCUCACAUUCUAAAUAUGCUGCUGAUGAACGCAAAGUGUCUGUGUGUGGAUACACUGCCUCGUGAUUCCUCCUGGAGAGACGCGCGUGUGUGGUUCUGCUGUGGGAGACGCUCAAAGACAACUUUAGAGAGCAAGGUAACCUAGAGCAGAAACAGGUUGUCAAACAUCAGACGUAAACUGAAAUAAGCCAAUUAUGUAAGAAUGAAAAUAAGAUGUGCCCACAACAUCCAUAGAUUGAGACACAGGUGCUUCCUGAUUUCUUUCACUCUGUUGGCUGCCUGUCUGCUCAAGCUGGUCUACAUUAAAGUGACAGUGAGGGACAGCAUCUACAUAGAACCCUAUGGAAUCACUGUUGGCUUAUCCAGAAUUCACAACCGCAGGUAUGACAUCAACUGCACCUCCAUCUAUGAGCUGGACCCUGUGGAAAUAGGUAAAGCGCUUGAAAUCAAACGUAAAGUCGUUGUUGACGUGGAUGAUGAUAGCACUGUGAGUUUGACCUCAGACUGUCAAACGUUUAUCAAAACGAGGGGUUACAAUGAGGUACCGGUGUCGGAUGAAGAACACAGCUUCCCAUUGGCUUACUCCCUGGUGGUGCAUAAGAAUGCACCCAUGGUGGAGCGUAUUCUUCAUGCCAUCUAUGCACCUAAUAACAUCUACUGCAUUCACUAUGAUCAGAAGUCCUCUCCAGCAUUUAUAAAGGCUAUUAAAAACUUGGCCCGCUGUAUUCAAAAUGUAUUCAUUGCCUCAAAAUUGGAGUCUGUGGAAUAUGCCCACAUCAGCAGGCUUAAUGCAGACCUAAACUGCCUCUCGGAUCUGCUGAGGUCAGAUGUCAAGUGGAAGUAUGUCAUCAACCUGUGUGGCCAGGACUUUCCUCUCAAGUCAAAUUAUGAACUGGUAAUGGAGCUUAAACAGCUGAAUGGUAGUAACAUGCUAGAGACUAGCCAACCCAGUGAACUCAAGAAACAGCGCUUCAGGUUCCAGCAUGAGCUGAAAAAUGUGCCUUAUGAGUACCGACGUAUUCCUGUCAAGACCACAGCCUCCAAAGAUGUUCCUCCUCAUGGUAUUGAGAUGUUCAUUGGCAGUGCAUAUUUUGUCCUGUCAUGGGAUUUUGUGAAUCACAUUAGUAGCAGCCAGGUGGCAAAGGACUUUCUGAUAUGGUCUGCUGAUACAUACUCACCAGAUGAACACUUCUGGGCCACCCUUGUCAGGGUUCCUGGGGUGCCUGGACACAUUCCCAGGUCAGAAGCAGAUGUUACGGAUCUAAGAAGUAAGACACGACUAGUCAAAUGGAACUAUUUAGAAGGAAAGCUUUACCCAGCCUGCACAGGAAUACACAUGCGGAGUGUUUGCAUCUACGGAGCAGCUGAACUUCGCUGGCUCCUAAACUAUGGUCACUGGUUUGCUAAUAAAUUUGACCCUAAAGUGGACCCGAUCCUGAUUAAGUGUUUGGAGGAGAAGCUGAUGGAAAAACGUCUACAUGUGCACACGUGAUACAGAAAGGAACAGAAAAUGUCAUGAGGAGAGAAGAGGGUAGGUGCAAAGGUGCAAAAUUACAGAAAGGGAGUGUAAUAAAGUACAUAUGCUCACUAUUUUGAGAUGCAGGCAUAUUACCCGAGUGUUUUCAUUUUGUAAAAGGUCCAGUGUGUCAGAUUUAAGGGGCUCUAUUUACAGAAUAUGACCACAAUGAUAUAUAAUAUUCAUGACUUUGGUUCCAUUAUUCUAUAAUCACCUGAAAAUAAGAAUCAUUAUGUUUUUUACAUUCAGUCAUUUGAUUGAUGCGUUUAUCCAAAGCAACCUAUAAAAAGGAAACAAUCAUGGUACAGAGUGACAAGGACAUGUAAGUGCAGCAAUAAGUACUACUCUUAGAAAAUUCAGUAACAGAAGGGGGAUAGAUUAUCAUGUCCAGUUGUUGGUAGUGUUGGAGAGGAGGUCCUCUCUGAAGAGCUGGAGGUCUUCAGGAGGUUUUUGAAGGUAGAGAGGGACGCUCCUGAUCUGGUAGGAACUAGCAGAUUAAAUGUUUAUACCCUCACUUGUCGACACUAGAAAUACAAGUUGGUUACACUAAUUGCAUGAUUUUACUGUCUACCAUCUAACCUCACACAACAAGUCAAUUUGAGAUGGAACUAUCCAGAGGAAAGAUUAACGUUAUGGAACUGUUGUUGAAAAGAAGAGUAUGGUCAAUUAUUAUUAAUUAAUACCUGUCAGACUUGCUAUAUAUGCAGACUGAUGUUUAGUGGUGAUGUUUAGUUAGUUAGCAUAUGAUUAGCUUUACCUAUAUGACUACCUGUUUUCUGAAGAUUAUCCUCUUUACAUCAUCAGUGAUGUCAAUCAUCUAGGUUUUACAUCACCAAGUAAAUCCGUCCAGUGGUGGAAAAAGCUAAAAUUAAAUAAAAAGCUAAAAAAAUAAAAAAUAAAAGCUAAAAUUAGGCAUGAUGGCAUGCAGCCAUGAGAAUGUCUAAUAACUUUAACAGAAUUUUUAUUUUCCUCAGAAUCAGUUACAUUUAAAUGCUGUGUGCUAACAAAUUCUUUAGUUGAGUUUGUUCCUGACCUUUUUUUUUUUUUUUAGACUAGUCCAAAUUUAAAUUCUUGUUUAAUCAAUGUUGAAAUUAGUUUUAGAAAUUAACAUCCCUAAUCUGAAUCACCUGCUAAAUUAAAACACUGCAUCAAAAAUGUAAUACUGAAAGAAAGAUAGUUUUUGCUUUACUUACUUACUUCAAAAAAUACAUUUUACUAAUAUUUCUAAACAUUGUUUGCUGGACCUUAAAUGAAUGAUUUUUCCAUGUGGACUUGCUUAUGGAUUUGAAUUUACUUGUAGAUUAUGUCAUUCACUCUUCAUUGUAAAUUGAACCUUCACUGACCACACAAAGCAUUUAAAGCAUCAGAAAGAGAAGAAGUUAUUUUAUUAUUAUGAGUAAUUUCAGGAAAUGCCUGAAUUCACAAUUCUAUGUUUCCACAUUGUUCUUGAGAUUUCAGAGACUACUCUUACAUUGAGAGCAGUAAUGCCAAAGACUUGUUGUUCUUAUGUGUUCUGUCAAUUAAAUGCUUUUUUAUCAUUAAGAUAUGAACUUAUUUGAAAAAAUUUAGAUUAAAAUGAAAGCUUGUGAUGAUUGAUGAUUUAUU